AUGGUGUCCUUCUUCGGGCUGAAGCUCGGAGGGGAUAAGAAGAAGAAAAAUGACAAGUCAGCUAACCUUGAAGGGCCUCAGCCGAAGGAUGGCGACAGCGACUUUUUCGGCACCACUCUUAACAAGCAGGACCUCCUACACCUGGAUGCGAGCACGCCCAUUCCACGCCCGGGUACAGCCUCUUCCAACCGGUCGUUACCCCGUCCGAAGCUCCCCUACAUGCACGGCAGCGGAAGCAUGGUUGACCUGGCUGCUGGGGCCGGCGCUAGCUUCCAUGCGACCCAGCAAUCGAGCAUCGGCUCCGGCGUUCGUCACUACGGUUCAGAAACGAAUCUGCGCACACGCUGGAACAAUGCGAGUUCCACGAGCCUAGUACCACCGCCAAUGACGCCGGCAGCAGCCAACGGCCGGCCAGGGACUGCCGGCUCAAACCGCGGCACCGGUUGGGUCAACCCCCUUGAUGUCCAUUUCUGCCGCGACGGCUCGUCAGGUUCGACGCCUUCGAGGACCCAACAGCAACAACGGCCGUCUACUUCGUCUGGUGCCAAAGCAUCGACGCCGACUGUUGCCUCGACCGCACCGCAAAUCCCCAGGAGCCCUCUUGGACAGUUCGAAUUCAACCUGGCUCCACUCGACGUAUCGAGCCCAGCAACACUGCAGCCCGUUAAACCACUGAGACGAGCAGAAACAAGCCCGAUGCAGUUGCAACCGGCAUCGGCUGUAGAUGAGAACAGAACUCUCAAAUUAACAAAAUCACACUCACCGCCGAGGUCAUAUCCGUCGCCGCCACCGUCUCUGAAUAGCACGGAGAAGCCUGGCACGCCCGUGACAACCCCAGCAAUAGAAGAGGGAACGUUAUACCGCCACCGGGAUCCAGCACAGCCGGAAAAGUACGCCGCCGCGCCGCAGAAUAUCGACUCACUCCCUUCCCCAGCAUCUUCGCACGAAGAUCAAGAAAUGGGCUCUUGGGAUCGACCUGUCAUUCGUGAUGUGACUGCAAAGCGAGAUACGCUCACGCACCACCCUACACGUCGUCAGAGCGUAUCCAUGGAUAUUGAGGAGCUGAGUCGAAUUGAUUUUGGUUUCGACUUUGGGCUCGACAAAAAGGAACCAAGUCCGGCGGCCAAUGUAAGCCCGACCGAGGUCAUCAACUUCGAUCUAGGACCGCCGCCGAGGAGCGCCAGGCGACCGCCACCACCGGUCGAUGUACGAGGCACACAACAACCUCAUGGGCCUCCGAGAGGACCACCGCCACAAAUGCGAGGCCCCCCACGACCCUGGCCACCACCUGCGCAACGCAUGCCUAAUGCCCGACCGCGACCACACGAGCCUGCCCCGCGCAUCGCGCCACCUCCCGUCGCCAGAACCGGGCUGCCGCUGCGGUCUCCUGUUGAGCCAGAUCACCCCUCCAAAGGACCACAGGAUUUCAACUUGCCCCCACGCCGGCCUCAGCCGUCGCCGGUCAUCGACGCGGAUCGCAGCUACGGUCUUUCGCCAGCGAAUCGCCGAGCAGCGCCCCCGCGGCUUAACGUUCCCGCACCCCCGCUGCGUGAUGAAGGCUCACCUCUCAGUCCCUCAUACCAGUUUCCAAAGUUCGACGAAGGCGACACAUUUUCUUCGCCAAGACAAGCACCGUCGCCGCUCGGUGCGAGCCCACGCCUGCAGCAGGAGAGUCCCAAGGAACCCCCGCCAGGUGCUUCGAGCUGGCCGCUUGCUGACGGCGGCGGUGCGGAUGUCAGCAAGCCCCACGCGCCACUGGUGAGCCCAAGCUUCCGGGAACGCUCACCUCCACCACAGUGGGCGGAGGAUCGUCGCAAGGUCGAGAGGGCGAAGACACCACCUCUCGAGGGAGGUGUCGGGAUGGGGACCAGACCAGACUUUGGUCUGAGAGCGCCAACAGGGAUUGCGGAUGAGUUCCAGGUGGGGUUCAUCUAG